GCGGCGCUUGCGCAGUGGCGGCAGCGCCCGGCGGUGCCCGCGCCCCCCGCCGUGCCCGCGCUCCCCCCGCCCCCAUGCGGCGCUGAGGCGGCGGCAGCGGCGGCCCGGGCGGCGCCGCCAUGGAGGGCAUGGACGUGGACCUGGACGCGGAGCUGAUGCAGAAGUUCAGCUGCCUGGGCACCACCGACAAGGACGUGCUGAUCGGCGAGUUCCAGCGGCUCCUCGGCUUCCAGCUCAGCCCUGCCGGCUGCGCCUUCUUCCUCGACAUGACCAACUGGAAUCUACAAGCCGCCAUUGGAGCCUACUAUGAUUUUGAGAGUCCAAAUAUCAACGUCCCCUCCAUGUCCUUUGUUGAAGAUGUCACCAUAGGUGAAGGAGAGUCCAUCCCUCCCGAUACCCAGUUUACGAAAACGUGGAGGAUACAGAACACAGGGACAGAGGCAUGGCCCCCGGGCGUUUGCCUGAAGUACGUUGGGGGAGACCAGUUUGGGCACGUGAACAUGGUGAUGGUGCGGUCCCUGGAGCCCCAGGAGAUGGCCGACGUCAGCGUGCAGAUGUGCAGCCCCAGCACAGCUGGAAUGUAUCAGGGACAGUGGCGCAUGUGCACGGCCACGGGACUGUACUACGGAGAUGUCAUCUGGGUGAUCCUCAGCGUGGAGGUGGGAGGGCUCCUGGGCGUCACGCAGCAGCUGUCGUCCUUCGAAACAGAGUUCAACACGCAACCGCAUCGCAAGGUAGAAGGAAACUUUAACCCCUUCGCCUCUCCACAGAAGAACAGGCAACCAGACGAAAACAACCUAAAAGACCCUGGGGGUUCCGAGCUAGGCACAAUCAGCAAAAACACAUGGGGGCCUGCUCCUGACCAAAUCGAACAAGAUCAGAACGGACUGUCACAAAACUCUGUAAAUCUGUCCCCCAGCAGUCACUCGAACAACUUGUCGGUAGUGACGUACAGUAAGGGUUUCCACGGUCCUUAUCCCUUCGGACAGUCUUAAAACACAAAACGGGUAUCGCCAAGAGGAGAAUUUAACAAAGAAGUGACUUUUGGGGAAGGGAGGGGAUGCCGUGCAGCCAGACGCAGCGCGGAGCCGCCUCCUCUGCCUCCCCGGUCUGGAUAAAGAAGAGAAAACAAAAGCCCAGUAUCUUUAAGACUAGCUGUUCCAGAGCAAAAUGCGAAAUCUAAGUAUGCAUGUGUGAAUGCUGGAUUUCAGGAGUGUUGCUUAAUGCUAUGAGAACGACAAUAUACCACCACCAUGGGGUUUUUUAGAAAUCAUUCUCACGUAAUUAGGUAGCUUAAAAGGUUUAAAAAUGAAAAUGAAAAAGCCAUCUUUAAAAAAAAUAUUUUGCCUACAGAGCGGUUGUAGUUUGAGCAAAUGUUUAAUUUCUGUUUGUUUCUUGUUCCGAUUUUUUUUUAAUAAGGGACAGCGUGCAUUUUUAUGGAACUGUCAUGUUUGCUUGCUACCGAGUGGGAGUUUGCUUGGCAUCCUCUGGGCUUUGUGCCGUGACUGUGUCAGGCUUUUCUCCUGGUGACAGGCUGGGGCUGCACCCAGCUCUGCGUUUUUAGUAUCAUCUGCUGCUUUUAGUUCCCAGCUUUUUAACCUCCUCUGGUUUCUUUUUCUUUGCUGUUGGUUGUCCCGCGUGUCGUUGGGAACCGCGCUGAAGACCAGGGCUCGGGGCCGAAGUUGGAGAGAGACUCUGGGACUUCCAUGCUAACACGGAGGGCCCGUUUCUCCUGCAGUACACACAGAUACACACCCGUAGCCAUGAGAAGCAGGUUUAUUAAAGUUCCAGAGCUGUCCUGUGUGGUUAGCCUUUUAAAAUACCCUUUUGUUAACUCUUGAUGUACAGUAGCUGUGCCUAGAGCAACCGCGCAAGCGCAUCGGUUUUGUGCCAAGAGGAAACUCUGUAGCCGUAAUUCACUUGGUAGUAGUUGCAAAGCUUUACAAAAGUCUUGUCCUUUUAAUUUUGAAUCUCCCAUCUCUCUCUUACAGAAUAUAAGUUUGAAUUCAUUUCUCCUGUGAUAAAGUAUUAGCUUAGAGGCUGAUUGUUUGUGUUUCCAAAUGCAGAGCAAGAGUUAGCAUCAGCAGCUGGAGCCCAUCGCCUUGUAUUCACUUGCCUUCAUCGUCCUGGCUCAUGGCUUCGCUCGGGCUCUUCCCUUCGGGUGGGCUCUCCAGGGCUCCUCUACAGGUUCGGGUUGCUCUGCUGUUCCUCCAGCGGGUUCGCCUCCAGUUACGACUGAAAAGGUCCAGUGAGAGGAGAGGGAGAGUGGCCCCGAUGCUGCGGUGGCUUCCUGAGGUGCCGUGUCCCCCUGGGGCUGCUGCUAAGGGGACACAGUCCUCUCAGAAACGCGAGCAAGGCUGGAGCAGCCAUCUGCCAAAGAAACAGGAACAUGCAAAGCUCUCGCUCCCUCCUUCCCAGCCUCUCCGGCGGCUGUUUGUCCCAGCGCGCAUGGGGGGGCUGCACAGCGCCUCCUUUACACUGCCUGCCCUGGACUGGCUCUGCUUUCUUGGUUGGUUUUGAAUGGGGGAUUAAUUUUACUUGUAGCUACCAAGGACUCUCUUGUCUUGGCACACACAGAUGGAUAUGGUAGAAGGCAGCAGGAGUUACUUGUGUCCAACGGAGAAAGAAUCGGGCGAUAGAUUUUUGUUUGUAUUUGAGAGGUUUCGUUGUUGAAGGUCCCUGUUAUCUGAAGUCUCUCUUCAAAGAUCUGUUUCCUGGGAAGGACAAGUGACAUGUAAGAAAUAACGUGCAUACUUGCCGUUCGGUGAGCGCUGGGUCUGUCUCGGCAGUUUCUGGAGCUGGGAGGGCGCUCGGAUCCCAGCGGAGCCCGGGACGGCGGUGCCGCCCCCAGGGCGGCCGCGGCGUUUGCUCCUGUCCCGGCGGGUCACUUGGCCUUGGACGAGUUCUGAUCUGUGUCACUGGAGGGUUCCGCGGGCAAGUGGGUUUUCUCCGCUCCCGCCUUUCCGCACAGGCGGCUCGCGUGACGAGCUCUGAGGACACAGACACACCUGUCACAGCUCCCGCGGUGCUGCCGCUGCCCAUCUGAAGCGCUGGAGACUGAGGAUCAGGGUGACUCCUUAUCAUUGAGCUCCUUUUACCAGCUGCAUAGUAGAAAGGGAGGAAGAAUCGAGAUCUGAGAGCGCGUGUUGUGGCUGGUGCUGCGGCCCUUGCCCUGUGUCAGCCGAGGCACCCGGAGACCCUUGAACUCGACGCCCCGCGCUGGCUUUCCCGUCUCUGUGCAACGGCUGCGGCUUCGUGUGCCCUGCUCCUCUAGGACCCAACUUUUCCUUCUCUUGAGAACAAACCUUGCAUGCACCCCCAGUCGUGCGCUUCCCCAGCGCGAAGGCACCCCUGCUCUGCACAGAGCUCCCCGUGCGGCGUGCUCAGGCGUGUCCGUGGGGAGGUGUGAAGGGAGCAGGGCCGGACCGCGCUGCUGCUGCACCCGCGGCCUCGCGCUGCGUGCGAACUGCUGGCUGUUCUACCUCUGGGUUUCUCAUCAAGUAGAAACUGUUAUGCUGAGGCCAAAGGUGGUUUCAUCUCCUUGGUUCCUUGGAGCUUAGUGGUGCAGCCAGCCCUUGAAUUGCUCUUGCUGUCAGGUUUCCAGCUCGGAAAUGGGGGGAUUUGAGAUGAGUUCAGCAAAGCUUUUUCCAGGUGGCGUCAGGGCACUGCGGUGGCGUUGGUUUCUGUAGGGCUGGUGCUUUGAACUCGCAGAGUUGUCACCAUGAGCUACGGGAGACAGCUGGGCUGGUUGUCCAGUGCAGAACGCGGCUGUUGUGGGGGCCCGAGCGCUGGCUCAGGAAACCUGGCCCCGCCGAGCCGGGAACACACAACCGGGGCCUGUGGGAGCCGUGGAAUCCACACCCUCGCUGGCUGGGCUGGUGAACCGGUGGGGAGCCUGCUGCUCCUGCCGGGGCCGUGCCGCUGGCACGGGGUGCGGUGAGCGCUGCGUCGGCUCCGCUCGGGUGACACCCCCAGCAUGGGGCCUGUGCGCCGGCAGGAGAGACCCUGACCCCCAGGGAAAACACAACCGGAACAUCUCUGGUGGGCUCUGACGCGGGUCCUGAGCCGCGCUGAGCGCUGUGGCUGCGGCACCACACCGCUCAUAUCAAUACACGUUGGGCGGUGGCAGCCCCGACAAACGCAACAUCCCCAGAGCCAGCCCACGGCGCGGUCCCGUCCGGAGCGCUGGGUCGGGACCCGGCAGGGCUGGGACACGGAGCGGCGCGGGGGCUCUGCGGGGAGGAAAUGCACGCUGUCCCACCUCUGGCUUUCUGUUGUGUGUUUUAAUUAUUUUUGCGUGUGCGAGUGCGUGGGUGCUGCAGCCCGUCUGGCCUCUGCGGGAGUGCUUGUGUAGAGCAGGAUGGUGUGUUGCCUGGUUGAGUCUGGGAGAAGUCCUAUGAUAGCACAUUGGGGGUCAAAAUAAAGGAAGCUGUUUCCUUGAUGUAUAAAUGAAUAUUUGUAUGAUUAAAUUAACACAGAAAAAAAAUGUUCUGUAGCUGUUGAGAGUUUUAUUGAAGCUGCCAAAACUU